UCUCAGGAAGGAAGCCGCCGGAGGAGCCCCCCCCCCCCCGAGGAACAGCCUCUCCGCCGCCGCCGCCAAGACCAACGGCCGUUAGUCCCCGGUGGCCGGAAGGAAGGCUCGGCGGGGAGGAGCCGCCUUCGCCGCCGCCGUCUCCCGGGUCGAGAGCGAGCCGACGAGGCCUCCGCAGUUUCAGCCGCCGCCCUGCGUGGUGGAGCUGGACAGCGAUUUCUCGCCCUCCCCCGCCGCUGGGCCUCUUCGCCAACUGUUAAUAUGGCAAUGCAAGUGCUGGGGCAGUCUGGUGGCAGUGGCCUGUUCCCUGGAAAUACUAACCUUGGCAUGGCUUUGCCAAAUGACAUGUAUGACUUUUCGGAACUUUCCAAAGCUGAGCUAGCAGCUCCACAGCUUAUUAUGCUGGCAAAUGUGGCCCUGACAGGAGAAGUUAAUGGCAACUGUUGUGAUUACAUGGUUGGUGAAGAGAGGCAAAUGGCUGAACUGACAACCGUCGGCAAUGCCAACUUUUCAGACAGCGAUGGAGAAGGAAUAGAUGAAGCACAGGGCAUGGAGAACAACCAUAGACGCCUGGAAGAUAUGGAUCUGGGAUCCCUUGAAGCUCCUGAGGUUCGUAAUGUGGAAAUGGCAGAACUGACGGAGCCUUCUGUUCCUCAUACUUGCAGCCAAGACAAGGGCUACCCGUUGGAGGUGCCAGAUACUCCAGAGAGUGCAGAUGACAAAUGUAAGAGCUUGAAGAACAAACCGUUUCGUUGUAAGCCGUGUCAGUAUGAGGCAGAGUCAGAGAAGGAGUUUGUCCAUCACAUUCGGGUUCACAGUGCCAAGAGAUUCAUUGUAGAAGAAAAAGCUGAGAAGCAUGGCCAAGUUAAAGAAGCUGCCUCCAGUGCUACAGAUGAAGUUGAUUUCUCCAAGGGGCCCAUCAGAUGUGAUCGCUGUGGCUACAACACUAACAGGUAUGAUCACUAUCUGGCUCAUUUGAAGCACCACAACAAAGCUGGAGAAAAUGAGAGGGUCUACAAAUGCACCAUCUGCACAUACACAACUGUCAGUGAAUAUCACUGGAAGAAGCAUUUAAGAAACCAUUUCCCACGGAAAGUGUACACAUGCUCACAAUGCUCCUACUUCUCGGACCGGAAGAACAACUAUGUGCAACAUAUUCGAACUCAUACAGGAGAGCGUCCCUAUCGGUGUUCCAUGUGUCCUUAUUCAAGUUCUCAGAAGACUCAUUUAACCAGGCACAUGCGCACGCAUUCAGGUGAGAAGCCAUUUAAAUGUGAGCAGUGCAGCUAUGUGGCAUCAAACCAGCAUGAAGUGACUCGGCAUGCAAGGCAGGUUCAUGAUGGGCCCAAACCGCUGGCCUGCCCGCAUUGUGACUACAAAACUGCUGACCGAAGCAACUUCAAGAAGCAUGUUGAACUCCAUGUCAGCCCACGGCAGUUCCUUUGCCCAGUCUGCGAGUAUGCUGCAUCCAAGAAGUGUAAUUUGCAGUAUCACAUCAAAUCCAGGCACCCUGACUGUUGUGACAUCACAAUGGAUGUCUCAAAAGUAAGACUACGAACUAAAAAGAAUGAAGUGAAUACUUCUGAAAACACGGGUGGUGAUAAUAAGGGCGUGGAACAAGAACAGGCAAAGAAAGAGAUAACUGAAAAGAAAAGUGAGAGAACUGUAAAAGAAGAGAACCUGUCAAAAGAAAAGAAACCAACUAGCAGUGUUGGUAUAGGCCACGUAACAACUCGAAGUCGCAAAACCGUUGCUGAAAGCAAAGAGGCAAAUGUGAAAACUGAGAAAAUGACAGAGAAAUCUGGCAGAGCAAAGAAAGCAAAGAGAAAAGCAGAUGCCACCCCUGUUCCUUUGACAAAAGAUUUUGCAGCAGACACUGAUGUUAUAGUGAAGAAGAAAAAGAAAACUGAAAAAAUGUCCCCUAAAUGUCAGGACUCUCAAAAGAGUGAAAACAAAUUAGAAGUCACCAAAAAGCAAAAUUCUUGCCUGAAGAAAAACAAGAAAAAGAAAUAUCUGAGGAGUAAGCCUGGUAAGAACAACAGAAAGCUUGAUUGUGAGAAGGUCACAGAUGAGGAGCCGUUCUCUAAAGAAUCUGUUGCUAUACAAGAGGAGGAAAGUAAGGUAACUGAUAAUGCUUGCAGUGAACUCCAGCCUACUGUUAUCCUUGAUGUUAGAGAGAGCCAGUGCGUUCCUGUGGAGAACAUGCAAGAUCAUGAGUCACUGGCUGCGCAGCACAAGGCUAUGGAUAUAGAACUAGAGGUGAAAGAGCAAGAAAUGCCCAUGGCAGAAGAGACAAUUAAAGCAGUUUCUCAGAAUGAAAUUGAGCUGACAGUCGUUCCUUGUAUCAGGUCUGAGGACUCAAAUACCACCUUUGAAAAAGAGACAGGUGUACUAAAAGAUGCUUUACCUGAUUUGUCCCAAAAUACGGAAACCACAGAAACUUGUGAGAUGCAGAUUGUGACUGAUCCUGAUCCAAUACAAGAAACUGAAGAGGUACAACAAAUGUGCGAGAGAGAAACUGUGAGUAACCCACAUCCAGAAGAUGUCAGUUCUACAAAAGAAUUGCAGGCUGAAGACUCAGCAGAAGCUCCUCCACCACCGUCGCCGGAAAAACUGGAGAAGAGCACUAAAGCAGACCUCGUUUCAGCAUCGUCCAGUGGCACAGUAGUAAAUGAAAAUCAGGAAAUGGAAGAGGAUGAAGGCAUCCACAGUCACGAGGGCAGUGAUAUAAGUGACAACAUAUCAGAAGGCAGUGAUGAUUCUGGGUUAAAUGGUGCUCGGACAGCACAGGAGAAAGAUCAGAAACCACCCCAAGAAGUGGCAGAAGCCAAGGCCACAAAGGAGAACUAUGUGUGCAUAUUCUGCGAUCGUUCAUUUAAAAAGGAAGGUGAAUACAGUAAGCACCUGAAUCGCCAUUUAGUAAAUGUGUACUAUCUUGAGAAAGCAACAAAGGGGCAAGAUUAACCAAACUGCAGUUUCAUGACAGUUUAUUCUAGAGCUUAGGUACCAGUUCUUGUAGAAUCUUUGCUUAAGCUCAGUUUGCUUAUACUUUUUAAAGUUGGUUGUGUUUUUCUGACCUUUGAUGAAAUGUUGAACUAAUUAAUUACUUGUAUCUCUUUGAUUAGAGAGGGCAAAUAGGGUAUGCAUGCUGUGGCUUGUUAAAUUGGCAGAACUCCUUGGGAUAGAGCCCUGGAAUCUCUUUGAGUAUUUCUGUUGACUUGAAGCAGAACUAUUCACAAGUUAGUAGGUUUAGAAAUGUAGCCUUGGGGAACAACCCACCAAGAGUGUCUCCUGCACAGACUCUAAAAAAAUAAUAGAAGUGUGCAAGAGCACUGUUGUGCUGUUGCAGAGUCCUGUUUGUUUCCAUAGGACUUGAGCAGGAGAUAUUAACACAGUUGACUGAGCCCACAGUCUGGGCCUGUCCAGUCAUUACAUUCCAGGAAGAUAUUUCAGCCUGGUAUGAGACACGUGCUCCUUCUCUCUUUCCCCUUUACUGCUAGGAGAAAGUCAAAGGUGAAUCAGCAUUUAUUUGAACGUGGUAUCUUCCUGAUCACGCAUUCAAAAACCCCUUAUUUGAUCCUGUUUUAUAUACACUUGCUACAAUGUGGAACUGCUUCCCCAUAUUCCAUUUCUACACCAUUGCAGUGUAGGUAAGGCCAAGUGUGUGAGUUUUCCCACCCCCUAAUGGGAAGAAAACAGUAACUGGUCCUGUCCCUGUGGUUCUGAUAUUCAGAAUACUUAGCUGUAUGUGAAUGGGGGUUUUCUGAAGACAGACUGGGUGGUUAGGGAGAUAAUGUCUUCAGUAAACAGCACAGCCUGGUUCACUCUUGUCCUCCUCCUUGUUCGGAAGGAUGAGAGUCUUGGGUGUGAGACCAUCAGGCUCAUCCCUGGUUAAUAAUUCCUUGCAAUGUGACAAGUGCACAGGCCAUCUGUGCUUGUUGAACAAAGUGUUACAGAAAUAAACUCCUAGAAAUUGAAAUAUUGCUCCAAUUGUUUCUAGAAAAAUCUGCCUUUUUUAUUUUCACCUGUUGGUAUGAUGAAUGCUUAAAGAACUCACUGUGGCAGAUUAUUUGUAAAAAGAGCACUUUCAGAAAAAUGUUGAGGUUGGCUAACAGAAAACAAAAUUGCAUGAUCAUAUAUUUAAUUUGCAUAUACAUUUCAGGUCCCCCAAUCAUGAUCAGCAAGCCAAAAUCUUGGGAGUUCUUUCUACCUUUCUGUUGAUUAGUGAAUCCAUUAUUUGUUAAAUACUACUUUUCGACAAGGUUCUUAUUUCUUCUUGUGCUUUAAGAGAUGAAAAAAUGUUGCACAUAAUUGUUUUUAUUUUUACCUAUGCAGUUUAAGCCUUUAGGAGUUUAGUUAUUUCUGUGUAUAUGAACACUUUAUAUAUGCAUGUUUGGUUUUUGUUAAUGGGUUUCCUUCCUGUAAUGUUGAUUUUCAGGUUUGUUGCGUAUUGUGGCCAGUGUUGUUUAUCUUGACCACAUUUUCUGGUUCUGAGUUUGUGCAGUGUUGUAGCUUUAAUUAUUUGAUUUUGGAACAAAUGAUACUAAAGGAAUGUCAUCCCACAGACCACACCAAGAACCAAUUACUGCUCAUGGAUAGCUCCCCUUGUGAAAGGGGAACUUCUCAGUAGAUUGUGCCCCCAAGAAGGUUGUUCAUACAUAUCUCUGUAUAUAAGGUUGGAUAAUAUAUUCAUAUAGUAUGCAUUUUUAUGCAGACAGUACUUUCUGCUGUUUUAGUGCAUUUAUUAUUGCUGGGAGAAACUUUUCAUUGCCCUCCAUUAAAAUUAAUAGGGGCAUGCAUGUGAAAUUUCAUGGGAAACUUAAUUUGUUAAUGGAUGGUGCUUGUCGAGUUCUAAGCAUGGAAUAGUCAAAUGAGAGCAAAAAAUCCAUUAAAAGUACACGUGAAUUUUAAAA